AAAAAAGCCGCACUGCCAAUGUCUCGCUCUAGGAACUUCAGUCUCAAUUUUUAUGAUUUAGCAGUCGAUGAUUCGCAUGAUGAGGAAGAGCUCAAGCGUUGGAUUAAGGAAGACCCCAGCAGAGGAGCAAUAAGGGUUUAUCAACCAGGAUCCACUUACUCAGAGCUCACUCAGUGCGACACUGAGACCCAUGCUGAAGUCAUAAUGUCGAAAUGUGUCACUAGUAAUUUGUAUGUUUAUUAUGCUGGACACUCAUCUGAGCCUCUGGGGUACGACGAUUGCCCGUUGAAGAUUCAAAAUAAGUUUCUCAAGUCCCUGGGCUAUGAUGACCCUGAGAGGAUACAGUUUGAAGGGACAAGAGAUGAUCUGCUGUACAUGUUCAAGUUUGUAGCUGGCAGAGAAGAGAAUAAAGCCGAUGAGAGGGUUCAGCUAACAUGCACUGUCAAAUUCAAAGAGUCCAGUCCAUUCAGUUUCUGGUCUAAGAGAUUCUGUGUUCUGUGUGGCUGUCAGCUCCAUGUCUUCUCAUCCAGUACUCCUAAAGGGAAACCCUCUCUCACUCUUGAUCUUGCUGGUGGCAAUGUCAUUGAGUAUGAGACAAAGAAGCACUUGUACUGCGUUCAGAUCAUGUCUUCCAAAAAGACGGUUUUCCUCUCUUUUGAUAGUCGCUAUGAUCAGUCAGUCUGGCUUAAGAGAGCAGCAAAGGUUGUCACUAAGCAUCCAUUAGAAGCUGAUCUCUCUCGCUGCAGUCUUAACCGACUACCAAAAUACCUCUUCCUCAAUAAGAAUCUUGCUGCUCUUAAUCUCUCUCACAAUUUCAUGCUUGAGCUGGUUGAAGAUUCUUCGGUAGCAUACCAACCCGAAGGCUGGAUCAACGAUAUUUAUCGUUUCUCAAACCUCAAGAUCCUCUCCCUCAGUGACAAUAAUUUGGUUCAUUUCCCAGUGUCUGUAUGCAACAUAGUGACACUAUCAGAACUGGAUCUCUCUUGCAACAAGAUAAGAGUUAUACCACAGGACAUACAGAAGCUAAAAAAGUUAACUACUCUGCUGUUACAUUCUAAUCUCAUAUCCACACUACCUUAUCAUCUGAACAAUCUUCAAAGACUAACAACACUUGUGAUUGCAUUCAACAGGUUCAAGUCAGUCCCACACAUUGUAAAAGAGUUGGAGUCAUUGAGGAUCUUAAUAGCAGCAGGAAACAGCAUAGUUUCAAUUCCAGAGGACAUCAACAGGAUUCAGACGCUACAAAUACUAGAUCUAAGAAUGAACCACAUAUCAACAAACAUACCCUCAACACUGCCAGAGCUCCUCAUCUUCUUCACUCUUAACUUACGAGGAAAUGAAAUGACUGAGUUUGAUAUGAGACGAGCCAAGAACCUUCACGUUGUCAAUUGUUCCGAUAACCUCAUUAAGACUCUCUCACUGCAUAAAGGAAGAGUGAGUAUGAUCAAUGCUAGAAAUAACU